UGCGCGAGUUCCAGCUGCGCGUGGCGCGGCUCCAAGACCCCCGGCGCGGGCGCGGGCGCGGUACGUGCGGCCCGGCGUGGGCCGUCGCCAUGGCAGCGCCGGCCACGUGGUGAGGGGGCCGCCUACCCAGCGGUCGCGGUCGCGAGAUUCCGCUCCCGACCGGGCGCCUGCCGAGCGCCUCCCUGGCCCGGCGAGCGCCUGUGAGGACUGCCAGGCAGUAAUGAAGGUUCUUUUACUGAAAGACCCUAAGGAGGACGACUGUGGCCAGGAUCCCUACAUCAGGGAAUUAGGAUUAUGUGGACUCGAAGCCACUUUGAUCCCUGUUUUAUCAUUUGAGUUUUUGUCUCUUCCCAGUUUUUCAGAGAAGCUGUCUCAUCCUGAAGUUUACGGGGGACUCAUUUUUACCAGCCCCAGAGCAGUGGAAGCAGUGGAGCUGUGUUUGGAGAAAGACAAUAAAACUGAAGUCUGGAGAAAGUCUCUGAAAGAAAAAUGGAAUGCCAAGUCAGUGUACGUGGUGGGAAGUGCUACUGCUUCUCUAGUGAAUAAAAUUGGCCUGCUGACAGAAGGGGAAAACUGUGGGAACGCAGAAAAACUUGCAGAGUACAUUUGUUCCAGGGAGUCGUCAGCACUGCCUCUUCUGUUUCCCUGUGGAACUCUCAAGAGAGAAAUCCUGCCGAAAAUGCUCAAGGACAAAGGGAUUCCCAUGGAGAGCAUAACCGUCUACCGGACGAUCCCACACCCAGGAAUCCAGGGGAACCUGAACAGCUACUAUUCCCAGCAGGGCAUUCCUGCCAGCAUCACAUUUUUCAGUCCCUCUGGCCUGACACACAGUCUCAAGCAUAUUCAAGAGUUAUCUGGUGACAACAUUGACCAAAUUAAGUUCGUGGCCAUCGGCCCCACCACGGCCCACGCCCUGGCCGCGCAGGGCCUGCCUGUGAGCUGCACCGCAGAGAGCCCGACGCCACGAGCGCUGGCAUCCGGCAUCAGGACGGCGCUCCAGCCCCACGGAUGCUGAGCCGCGGGCCCUGGCGCCCUCCCUGGGCUGGGCUGCUCCCCCAGGGCCGGGUGCUCUUGCCUCCCGGUGGAGCCAGGCGUUGAGCAGGGGCUCCCGGGACGCCGCCGCCCUCACACUCCUGCCUCGUGCCCGAGGGGUGCCCCCCCACAGCGGGGACCGGACAGCCUGGGGGCCGGCAUCAGGCUCACGCGCGCCUGACGUCCCUCUGUGGAGGCAGCUCAGACCCUGGCCCGGCGCACGCGGCUGCUCUGGCAGCAGGGAGGAGACCAAACAAGGCGCGCUGGCCGCUCGUGCUGACUGUGCUGUCACUUGCUGUCUGGUUUUCAGUGCAAAGCUGUGUUUGGGGAGGAAGCAGGGGGGCCCGUGUUCUGAGAACUGACAACCCUGGUACGAAUAAUAAAGUUU